UUACUUCAGACACACAAAGGAGGAGUUCUCGCUCCUCAGGAAACCCUGCAAGCUCGGAUCGCUACUACAAAAACAUUUGUCUCAGUGGAUUAUCCUCACUGUCAGGAGCCCAGCCAGAAUGAAACUAGUUCACGUCGCUCUGCUCUAUCUCGGUUCUGUGACCUUCUUCGGGGUGGAUGCUGCAAGGGUGGACGUAGCGACAGAGUUCAAAAGAAAAUGGACGAAAUGGGCACUGAGCCGAGCCAAGCGGGACGUGAAGCCUGCGGGCGUGCUCCGAGGGCUGGGGGCAGCCGCCGACGUGCUGCCUCUCGUGCGGACCCAGGACGUGAAGGAGGAUCCCCGAGUCUCGCAUCCCAGCAGCCGGGAGGAUGCUCACAUCCGCGUCAAGCGCUACCGCCAGAGCAUUAACAGAUUCCCCCACUUCCAAGCCAUCCGCAUGGGGUGCCGCUUCGGGACGUGCACAGUGCAGAGGCUGGUCGACGAGAUCCACAGGACGACCGGCAAUAAGGAUAAGGACGACACCGCUCCCCCCAACAAGAUCAGCCCUCAGGGCUACGGUCGGCGGCGGCGGUCCCUGCCCGAGCGCCGCAGCCCAGCGCGCUCCCCCCGAGCCGGGCGGCGCCCACGGACGCACCGGGCGCAGCCCCUCGACCCCGUCCUGGAGGUGUGAGCGCCGCACGCCCCGGCCGAGGUCGCCCCGA